UUUGCUUGCUGCCUCUUUCUUCCCAAAUCACCUCCUCUCUUCCAAGACAUCCUUAACCAAAGACAACACUCUUAACGGUUACAAAUGGAUCAACUACCCAAAUGCCAAGCUAACUAUGCUCCUGUCACCCCCAUCACCUUUUUGGAACGGGCCGCUUUGGUGUACUCCGAUCGGACUUCGAUCGUGUUCGAGCGCAUCCGAUUCACUUGGAAACAAACUUAUGACCGCUGCCGACGCAUGGCUUCUUCCCUUCGGUCUUUGAAUGUUUCCAAAAAUGAUGUGGUAUCUGUGCUUGCCCCGAAUAUUCCAGCUAUGUAUGAGAUGCACUUCGCCGUGCCGAUGGCCGGUGCGGUGCUCAACACUAUAAACAGCCGGCUCGAUGCGCCCAACGUGGCGACCAUUUUGAAGCACUCGGAGGCGAAGGUAUUCUUCGUGGACUACGAGUACAUCCGGCUCGCCAGUGAUGCCCUGAAGCACCUAAUUGACGACGACGACGGCAACGUACGCUUGCCUUUGGUUGUCGUCAUCGAUGACAUCGCUGCCCCGACUGGCAUCCGGCUCGGCGAGCUCGAGUACGAGGAUCUCAUCGCAAGCGGCGAUCCCCUGUGCCCUCCUUGCCCCCUCAACGACGAGUGGGAUCCCAUCGCUCUCAAUUACACCUCCGGCACGACGUCGGCCCCCAAGGGCGUGGUCUACAGCCACCGGGGGGCUUUCUUGAGCACUCUUAGCCUCCUCCUCCAGUGGGAGGUGGGGAGCGAGCCGGUGUACCUCUGGUCUCUCCCCAUGUUCCACUGCAACGGCUGGACCUUCACCUGGGGCAUGGCCGCCCGCGGCGGCGCCAACGUGUGCAUCCGGGCGACCACCGCCCGCGAGAUGUACCGCGCCAUCGCCGACCACCGCGUCACCCACAUGUGCUGCGCCCCCAUCGUCUUCAACAUCCUCCUCAACGCCACCCCCGCCGAACGCCGACCGCUCCCCACCCCGGUCUCCAUCCUCACCGGCGGCGCCCCGCCCCCGGCACCUCUCCUCGAGAAGAUCCAACGGCUCGGCUUCCGCGUCACCCACGCCUACGGCCUCACCGAGGCUACCGGCCCAGCUCUCGUCUGCGAAUGGCGCCAAGAAUGGAACCACCGCCCGGUCCACGACCAAGCCCGGCUCAAAUCUCGGCAAGGCAUCAGCGUGCUGACCCUCGCCGACGUCGACGUCAAAGACGUCCAAACCAUGCGAAGCGUUCCCCGGGACGGGAUCUCCCUCGGCGAGAUAGUACUCCGGGGGAGCAGCAUCAUGAAGGGCUACUACAAGAACCGCGCCGCCACCGACGCCGCGUUCAAAGAUGGGUGGUUCCUCACCGGCGACGUCGGUGUUAUCCACCCGGACGGCUACGUGGAGAUCAAGGACCGUUCCAAGGAUGUAAUCAUAUCGGGCGGCGAGAACAUCAGCAGCGUCGAGGUAGAGACGAUCCUCUACCGCCAUCCCAUGGUGCUCGAGGCGGCCGUGGUGGCCAUGCCGCACCCUCACUGGGGUGAGACGCCAUGCGCCUUCCUGACACUGAAGAGAGAGUGCGAACAAGGGACUAUCAACGAGGAGGAUAUCAUAUCCUACUGCAGGAAUAGCAUGUCCAGGUUUAUGGUGCCGAAGAAGGUGGUGUUCAUGGAGGAGUUGCCAAAGACUUCGACAGGAAAGAUCCAGAAGUUUCUGCUAAGGGAGACGGCUCGUGGCCUCAAGGUAACGGACAGAAACCGAACGCCGCAAGGAGGGGCGGCGCCGCAAGGGGAUGCCCAGGUUGUUUACGCUAACGGUAAUAACGGUCACGGCCAACCGGAGGCACGCGAGCAAGUGUUAGCCCUUUCUCGCCUUUGAGUCUGGUAGACUGGUAGUUGGGUUAACGGGAAACACAUGCAGAAGUUGGUAAAGUUUUGUAAUAUAAAAGAGAGAGAGAGAGAGAGGAUAUAAUGGCAUGAAGUCGGUGUCUGGUGUGAUUCAUGUCAUGGAAUAUAGUGUUGGAUUAUUAUAGUUGGCGGCGUCGUAUCGUCCGUGGUGCACUCCUCCUUGGGGGCACGGUUAUUACUAUACAUUGAAUGAAACUUGCU